UACAGUAUGCUGUUAUACAACAUUGACUGUGAAUAAAUAUGUUAUCAUUUUUUCGAAAGUUAUCAAUUGGUUGGAAGGUUAGAGAUGGUAUGCUUCCAGAAGCAAUCAUGGGAACGGCAGACGUCGUAAAUUUAAAGGAUCAAAAUGCUUUUGCAUUAAAGACAGAUUUAGAAUUGAAAGAAUCUGUUUAUGAUUUGUUGAGAACCAUUAAGGACCCGGAGAAACCACAAACCUUAGAACAACUCGAUAUAAUAUAUGAAGAUUGUGUUAAUAUUUGUCAAAGUACUCCUAAUGGUAUUUCUGUAAUACGAGUUGAAUUUAACCCAACAGUGCCACAUUGUUCAUUAGCAACACUUAUAGGAUUAUGUAUCAGAGUAAAACUUGAACGUCAUUUAGUAGCAGUAUUUAAAUUGGACAUUUUUAUCAAAGAGGGUACACAUUCUACAGAACAAGAAAUUAACAAACAAAUAAAUGAUAAGGAACGAAUAGCAGCUGCUAUGGAAAAUCCAAAUUUAAGGGAUUUGGUAGAAAAAUGUAUUCAAGAAGAAGAUUAAUAAAUGUAGAAAAUCAUUUUUUAUCCUAA